AGCAGCUGAUUGCCAAGACGGCCGUGCCACGCACAGCAUUCAUUAACGCAAUAAUUAAGUCACUCAAGAUUAAUUGACCCAACGCGCGAUUACAAAUCGACACCGCAGAAACGAUUCCACUUUAAACUUCAAAAAAAAUUAUUGCGUUGCACGUCAACGGAGUCUGGAGAAUCGAUUUCGAUUUAACUUUAAACAAAAACAAACAGGAAUCGAUUCUUUCUGUUCCGGCGCACGUCACCGUUUCAACCCCCUCCCCUCUCCACGUGGAGCCGGCGUGGUACAGUGCGGCCGGGGCCCUGUCGUAGGAGCCCCCGGGGGAUACAAAGAGGGACGCGGCGAGACAGAGGAGAAGGGACACGAGGUUCGCACACCGGAGACGAGCGGUGGGGGGAGGAGGAGGAGGCGGGGGGUGGUGUGUGCAAUGGAGACACGGGAGAGCGGCUCUGGUCGUCGUUUCGCCGAGGCGCAGAUGCUGAAGCACGGCUGGACACGAGGCAAGGGCCUGGGCCGCUUCGAGAACGGCCGGGCCGAGGCCGUCAAGGUGAAGGUGAAGCACGACACAGCCGGGAUCGGCCAUGACAUGGCGGAGCAGUUCACCUUCCACUGGUGGGACCACGUCUUCAACAAGGCAGCGGCCAGCAUCGAGGUGGAGGGCACAGAGGAAGGUGCCAAGGUGAUGGGAAAUCGCAGUGACGGAGCGGAGGAGCCGAUCAGCAAUCGGAAGCCGCGCAAGGCGCACCUUAGCACAACGCACGCACUCUACGGCAACUUCGUCAAGGCCGCUACGCUGACUUCGGGAGAGGAGGUGCGCGAUGAGAAAGAGAGCUCGGAGGAUGAGACCAGCAGCUCGGAGGAUGAGGACGCCAAACUCGACCUGUCAUCCACCACCAGGAUGACGGACGAACAGCUGUUGAGAGCGUGCGGCGGGAGGACGGCACACAAGGGCGCCCGUCACGGCGUGAACAUGAGCGCCAAGCUGGCCAGGCUGGAGCAGCAGGAGCGCGAGUUCCUGAGCCGCUGGGGGGGGGGGCCGCGGCAGCGCGCGUGCCGACCAAGGGUCGCCCCGACCGGCGAGCGACAACGCCGUGGCGGCGGCGGCGGCGGCAACGGUGACGACGACUGCGGCUGCGUGCGGAGCGGGAUUGAAGAGGGGCGGGAAACGGAAGAAGUCCAAACGCGAGCGGCCGGACGACAACGACCACGCAGACGCGGGCGGACCGGGGCCCGGGACGGAAGAGCCGGGAGUCGGCGGCGACAACGACGUGCGAAGCCGACCGAAGAAAAGGAGGCACGAGAGGCAGAAAGGGUCCCCCGGCCACGGCAUCGUUCCGGACGACACUGGAACGGCCGUGGCGCCGGUGGCGGCGGCGCGGGACGCCGGCCACCGUGACGGCGCGAAGCCACGCAAGAAGAGCAAGCGGAAUGAGUCCGCGGUGAGGUCUGAGAGUGACGGUGCCGGUGGUGAUGGUGAUGCUGCUGGUGCUGGUGGUGGGGAAAAUGUGUUGGAUACCAGAGAUGGGACUGAUGGUGUUGGGGAUGGUUGCUGUAGCAAUAACGAGGUGGCGGAAGAGGAGGUGGUGGUGGUGGACAGGUCUGAGAGAAAGAAGAAGAAGAAAAAAAGAGCGAGAGAGCGGCAGGAUGGGGAGAGGCGAGGCUCACCGGCGGGAGAGACGAAUGAGCCCAAACCGGAACGCUCUUCGGAGGAGAAGAGCGUCGCCCGGAGCGAUGAACGCUCGGCCAAAACUGCCAAGAAAAGAAAGCACAAGACGAAGUAAAGAUAAUCGACUGGAGUGUUUAUAUUUUAAAAUAAAUUAGUGGAAUUCGCCAAACGUGGCAAAGUUCAGGACUUUACUGAUGAUGAGUUUUGAGAAUCAGGAAUUGCUUGAUUUAACAAAAUUAUAUUAUUUGGUUAAAUUAUUGCUAUUAAAGCAAGAAACUUUACGACGACAGUUUUUGCGCGAAAGUGUCAUGAACAUUGUCCCCUUGACAAUUCUUCAUUUAGCGACGUGUACACAAUAAUAAACGGUCUGGACUUUUUAGUCGCCGUGUGAGA